AUGACAUUAUCAUUGGAACACCAAUCUGGGAUUCUUUCCAAAUUGCUCUCAUGUGGAGUUUCGCUGUUAGCUGAGGUGUUUCGGUUGCGAACAACCCUACCAGAAGAUAUAUCCGACGUAUCCAAAAGCAGAUUCAAAUCUAUUCUCCUCGAGUUUUCUUACUUUGAAACACCAAUCGAGUUCGAUCAGAAGAUCGAGGAUAAUGUCGGGUUGAAGGAUUUGGACGAGGAGUUCACGGAGCUGCACCGCGGCUAUGUUUUAGACUUUUCCAAGUUUAUGCAUCGUCUUUGCAGUUUUAUUUUUGAGUUUGCGGAGUAAGUAACCAUUUGUUUUGCAACCAAAUGCUGCAAUUUAGAUACACGCAGAAGUAUGCUACAGUUGAUGUUCUACUUGACACUGAGUGGAAUAAGAUUCAUUCCCAGAGAGCAGAUGUGUUGUACCAUCUUGGAAUCAUCCUGAUCUUCUUGGAUGAGAAGUUUUUAGCUAGCUCUAGAGAAGCUUUGUUCGUAGCUGGUCAACGAUUGGGGUAAGGGUAAUUCCUCUAACUUAUACCAAAACGGAAGUAUUUUGGAAUUGGAAAAAGAAGCUAGAAACAGGAUAACACAUUAUAAACAUUCAGGAACGUUUGAUUUAUUUUCGGUUACAGGGAUAAGUUUGCGUCAACUCAUUUCGAAACUUCAAUAUCGUUACUGCGUGAAAGAAAAGAUGUUUUCGAAAAUUGCUUUGUUCAUCUUGGAGUUGAUCGAAAGUUCGCUGAGAAUGUCUUGGAGUAUGUCCGAACGUUCAGUCUUAUACAGGUAAUCCAAAUUAGUCGACUUAUAGUAAUCCCAUAGACUCAAGACGUUGGUAUGUCCAGCAGAAAGUCAUCCUUGGUGUAUAUAGCAUUAUGGUUCAUCCCCAAUGUACUUAGAGACGAGGGACCGUUGAUGCGAACUUUAGUCGACGCUUUUUUUGGCGACCAGUGGAUUCUGCCUCUUCAUUUUGAGUUGACUGCAAAUGUUUUACAGAAAUGGAAAAACUAUAAACCUGCCAUACUUGCCUUGCGUGGUGUUUUGAGACAAGAGCACGUUGCUUCGAUCGUCCAGCAGAAGAUUGAAAUCCUCAAAUCCAACAAAUUACCUUCAGGAUUACUGUCACUGGAAGAGUUUGAGUAUUACAAGAAGACACUGGUUGUAUGUAAUAGUGCAUUAAAAUGGAUUAUAUUGCAUUUUGGAGGUAUGUCAGUAAUCCGAUCGACUCAGUUUGCAGAUCUUGAGAGAUUCAAGAAAAUAUCGAUUCUUUUUGAUCCUUUUAAAUACCUGCUCACCUUAAUUAAGUUUGAGUAUAAAUUUAAACAAGUAAGUUUUGUUCCUUUUACCCAAUGUCAUCUGAUUUUAGUCAGCCUUGUUUACCAUUAAAAACAAAACAGCUCAAGCCGAUAAGUUGAAGGAACGUAUUUCGUCGUCGAUAGAUCAGGUUGUCCAUAUACUUGACCGAUCCCAGGAAAGUUGGAAAACCAAGGUUAGCGCUUGGUUGGGAAAGAUUAAUGACAAACUCUCUGCGAUUGGGGUUGUCAAUCCCAAAAGUGUUAAUGUAAUUGAAAGUGUCAAGUUAAAACUUGAAGAGGUAACUCCAUCAUCUUCUUCUCAUCCUUUUUUUUUGAAGAUAAGCGAGAUCACUUCCGAUGAUCAACGAGUCAUCAAUCAGUAUCUGGAAGUGAUUCUCAAGAAUCUGGACUCUCUCAAAACCGUUAUUCUUCUAAAUUUUGAUUUUUUAAAUACACUGGACACACAAUGCGAUGCUGAUUAUCUUUGGAAUUGUAUCUCUGGUUGGGUUCCAAAACUGGAAAGUCUUUUACAGUCAGAGCCAGUGAUGGUUAAGUACUUCUUCUUCAAACUGAAGUCGCCAAUUGAAGUAAAAGUUGCUGGAAUGUCGACAGAGAAAAGCGAAGCCAUAGCGGUAUUUUACCACAAAAUUCUGGAAACCUAUCUUAAACGAAUCGUCCAAGUAGGUUAUACCAUUUAUGUAUUUAAUAUCACUGGUUUUCUUGUAGGCGAUUCCUAGAGGUGUCUUCGUUGAACUGGAGGAAUUGCAAUCACUGCUUAUUGAUGAUGAGUAUUGUUUUAUUGAAAAGUCGAAGGUGAAGAAUAUUAUUCAAUCAGAAAGACGAAGAAGACUGGCCGAAAAGACGUGUAAAAUAAGCAAGCUUUCAUUAGGUAGGACGUACUUCACUUACAGGGUGGCACAAAAAAUCGAAACUCAUAUUUCAUUUAAGCAUCACAAUUUAAACGAAGUAACGAUCCAUAUCAGUAA